GAGUCAACACAGGUACAGGUGUAUUAGUCGUGAGGGUUGAGUCACACACACGGUGGACGAUGGGUGUGUUGCUAAUGCUGCUGCUGGUGUGUUCUGACCUCACCCUGGGCGUGGGGCAGGAGAAAGACUGGUUCAUCAGGUCAGGGAGGCAGAAGAAUGUGUUGUCCCGAGCGGCUGUUAAUGUUCCUGAUAUGUAUCUGCCCGUCAAGGUGGACCCCUCCAGCCCCUGUGGCCACGCCCUCCACUCCAUGUUCCUCUCCCUCGGUGACAACUCCACCUGGGCCAUCAGAAUGGUAGACUCGUGGGGCAAAUAUAACGACGGCAUUUACAACGGCAACUGGCUCUUUAUUGGGGAGUAUGACGAGUGUGUGGGAGUUGUGUCCCCCGACCACUCCCUCAAGGGCAAGUACUGCUCCAUCGACAUCAAAAAUAUAACCAGUAAAGAACAGGAGACGUCUAGAGUCUGGCACACUGACGCCCAAGUCCCAAAUCGUUUACAGAACCUGUUCCCACUAAGGAAGCCUCCACAGAUGUUUGUUCCUGUACCUGUCGUCAACAGCGGGGCGGGAAGUGAGCUAAUGUACGCCACUUGUAUUCCCGACGUCUGCACCCUGGAGGAACUUGAGGAGAGCCUCACACAGGUCCUGGAGCCAGCCAACUACACCGCCACUGUCAAAUUUUGCUCCGUGAAGGACCCCGAGUUGAAGUUUUCUGGUGCUGAUAUUACUUUUAUUUCUGUGGUCAGUGUGUUGAUGUUUGUCAUGUUGGUCGCAUCCCUCGUCGACAUCUACAUCGACUACACCAACAAACAACAUCUUACAAAAGGUGGACUGCGGUUCUUGAUGCCGUUCUCAGCCUACACUAACCUGGGCAAGAUAUUCCACAUCUCCACCAACAGUUCGCCCACCACCAUUAACUGUCUCCACGGCAUGAGAGUACUCUCCAUGACAUGGGUGAUCUACUGCCAUCAACAAUCUCUUAAUGUGGGGGAAUGCGCCAACAUCGUAGUUAUUUUAAAGCGUGUCAACGGCUUCCUUUUCCAAGCCAUCUCUAAUGCCUUUGUUAGCGUGGAUACCUUCUUCUUCAUGAGCGGUCUGCUGGUGACCUACAGUACCAUGAGGGAGAUGAAGAGGACUGGCAAAUUCAACAUCAUUCUGUUUUAUGUUCACAGAAUCCUCAGGUUGUCUCCCCCUAUCGCCCUGGUGGGAGGGAUGUACGCCACUGUGGUCUCCUACUUCGUCAGCGGACCCUACUCCCUCUCUUAUAACCUCAGGGACGAAUGUCAGAAGAACUGGUGGGCUGACACUUUCUUCGUCAAUAACUUCAUUAAACGAUACUGCCUUGGCCAGUCCUGGUACGUCUCUGUCGACUCCCAGCUGUACUUGGUGGCCCCGCUUCUCCUCCUACCUCUCUUCUUCUAUAAGGCUCUAGGUAAAGUGUUGCUGUACCUGGCGGGGCUGGUCUCCAUCCUCGUACCUGCCAUCAUUAUCUACAUCUACGAUCUGCCGCCUACCGGUCUCCAGGUAGCCAGGAAUGUUUUUAAAUAUUAUGAUCUGGUGUACGGUAAACCAUGGUGCCGCGCAGGGCCCUGGGUGGUGGGGAUCUGGAUGGGGUACGUCCUCUUCUCUCAAGGCCAAGCUAAGGUCAAGCUCAGCAAGACUGUGGUGGUGUGCGGGUGGACGGCGGCGGUGGUCACGGGUGUGCUGGUGGUGUUCGGGAUGUGGAGUUACAACACCCUUCCCCCCAAGGCUGGUUACGACCUGGUGACUCAGGUGGCGUAUGGAGGACUCUUCAGGAGCGCCUGGGCCGCCGCUCUCGGCUGGAUCGUCUACGCCUCUCACAACGGAUACGGAGGACUGGUCAACGACUUCCUGUCACACCCGUCGUGGCAGCCACUAAGUCGUCUCACCUUCGCGACCUACCUGGUGGCGUUGCCUCUGCAGGUCGUCUUCACCAGUAACUCCAGGAUUCCCUUCUACUUCACCCACCUAAAUAAGGUGAUGGAGACGGUUGGCGCCAUUGUACUCUCGGGGAUGAUAGCGGUGUUGGUGUCCCUGACGGUGGAGUCGCCGGUCCUGGGGCUGGAGAAGGUUCUUCUUAGACCAGCUGGUCAUGGCGGCACCUCUGGCAGCCGACCUGCCAAGCUAGAAGAACCAAAUAGCGAGGUGUCUCCUGCUGCAGCCGAGAGCCUCUGCAACACUACCUUAGGACUGAACCCUCCAGCUGCUCCUACCACGGCUGGCCACCCUCUGAAGCCUCCUCAGGGAUACAACAAUCUGGCCUUUAUUGUCGAGGCGGGCGAGGCUAACACAGCUUCUGUAAAUGGCAACCUAUCAUAGCAGGUGUAAAGGGUAACUACCACCCAAAACAUUCACAUGGCUGUGCCCCCCAAAAGAAUCCCAUUACACUUGUUCAUAUUAUCAUUAGGAAUUGUGUAAUGAUUACCUUAUCAAAUUUAUUUCUGAAUAUUAUAAUAGACAAUGGUGACCUGUUUUAACACAAUUUAUGUUUUGAUAACUUCGUCUCAUAUGUAUUGUUGGUAAAUAUUUCAGUUAAACAUCAACUAUUAUAUUUUGUUCUGGUUCAAUCAAUUUAUUUUUUUUUUUCUGAAGAGAUACUAUGGUCCACCAAACUGUGAACACCCAAGAGUUAUCCCCGUGGGCCCGGUGUCAUAUUUACCAACUGUCUGAGAUAAGAUGACUGUAUCACCUCCUCUAUGGUUGGUUAUUUUAGUAAGUCACUGGGGACAUGGCUCAGCCGCAUCUACUGAUAUGUUCACUAUUUUAACUAUAUCUUAUUCAUAUAUUGUAGCGGUAUUAAGACCUUUAGUGUUCUUAUUCAUUUGUAAUGAAAUGUGGAUCAUAUUAAAAGUGGUAAAUUGG